AUUAAUAAAUAUUAUUAAAUAUAAUGGGUGUUAUUAUAAUUAAAUAUCUUCAAAAUUGAUUAUAGACAAAAGUUUGAUAUUUAUUAAAAAUAUUUAAUUAUAAAAUUCGAAUUAUUUGUUAGUAGUAUUUUAUUAAUUUUGUAAAUUUGUGUGUAUUGCAUAAUGAAAAAAUCAUCAUGGUCAUAGCUCACCUUGUAUAUAUAUAUAUAUAUGGAUGGUUGGACACAUGGACAGAUGGGUGGUUGUUAAAAAAAUGUUUAGUGAAAGUGUGAGAAAUAAAUAAAUGUGUUUAUUACCGGUGUUGAAAAUGUUUGUGUAAUCGAAUCGUUGGAUGAUAGUAGAGUAAGUAUCGUGUUAUAUACAUCGUCGAAUGUUAGUAGAAAAUAUCGGCUAUAGUUUCGAAGGAAGUUACGAGCAAAACGAUUUAUCGAUUCCUUUUGCCAUCGGCUAAAGAAAGAAAGAUAAAGAAAGGAAGGAGGUUCACAUCGAUGGAAAUGGUGUUAGUGUUCUGCUUGUUAUUCCAAACGACUGUGUAUCCGGCAUACAAAUAAACUUUGGUUAUUUACUACUCUCAUAGCAUUUAGAGAAAGAGAAAGAGAAAGAGAAAUCAUUUAUUUGAUACUCACGAUUUAGAUCGUUAAGUCAAACUUAAACGAAAUGUUAAAAAAUUGGACGAAGAAUACCGGGGUUAAUUCAACGACCUUGGCAAAUCCCAUUUCCGUUGGUACUUCAUCUCCGAAUCAAUCAACAGUUCCGGAAUGUGAAAAUUCUUUGAAACCGCGUAAAAAACUUUCAUUUAAAGAACCGGAAACAAUUUUGAAUCAUUUCAAAUUAAGAAAACCAUUUGUUCGUAAUAAAAGUGCAUCAACGUUGCAAACAAUUCGUUCUGCUUCGAUUGACGUUGUUAACAUCGAUGAAAAUCCUUUCGAGGAUGAGACUGACGAAUGCGAGGAACUCGAGAGCCAAGCGAUGAGGGUUGUUAGAACCGUUGGCCAAGCAUUCGAGGUGUGCCAUAAAUUAAGUGUAAAUAAUGCUAAUGAAGAUAGAGAACGUGGUGAAAAGGAUAAGGAUAAGGAUCAUAGCAAUGAGAAUCAUCGUGACGUUUACGAGGAACAAGAUGAAAAUCAUUUAGAACAAUCACAACCAUCCCCGUUGACGUUGCACAAAGAUAUAUCGUUGUUGGGAGAAGCAGAGGAUUUGAUACAAGAACAAUCUUCAGUGUCAUGUUUUUUAAGAUCUCACGAUGUUCCAGUAACCACAGCUUCUACCUCACCUAUCAGACAAUCACCAUCGGGUACGGUAGCAUCCGAUUGUGGUGGUAGCGGUGGUGGUGUUGGUUUAUUGGUUGGAGGCGAAUUAACUGCACUCAAACACGAGAUACAACUUUUACGAGAAAGAUUAGAGCAACAGAGUCAACAAACCAGAGCUGCAGUAGCUCAUGCGAAACUACUACAGGAUCAGCUUGCAGCAGAGACUGCUGCACGCAUCGAAGCACAGACGCGUACGCAUCAAUUGUUAGUGCAAAAUAAGGAAUUGUUGGAACAUAUAGGAGCAUUGGUUGGUCAUCUCAGGGAACAAGAACGUAUAUCCAGUGGUCAUUUAAAUUCGCAAUCACAAAUGUUGCCUGUAUCGUCUAAUACAACGUCAAUUACGACGACAACUACGAAUACGACAAAUACGGCAAAUCAACAACAUUCAUCAACCAUUCCUGAUUUACCUAAUCUUGGCCAGUGUUGUCAACGAAGCGGAGAACAAAGUUUAUCUUGGGAAUCAGAUCCAUCGGCAUUUACGUAUUGCCCAUAUUCUAUGGAUUCUUUGUAUCAUCCUGGUAGCCUUGGUGUUAUGGGAAUUCAAGGAAACAACAGUUCUACGGAUCAAUUACAUUUCCAAGCGCAAUUAAUGGAAAGACUUCAUAAUAUCAGUCCAUACCAAAGUCAAAGAUCACCGUACGGUACGCCAUCACCGUACGCAAUGCAACCAGGAUUUUUAUUGUCUCCUAAUUCCAGGCCAUCGAACUCGUCACAACUUUCACCAAAUUCAAUAUCGUUGAGAGUCUCUCAACCCAAUAGUUUUACUCCGUCACCUGUUAUGAAUCACAAAUUGGAUAAUUACAGGACAACAGCUACGAGCAUCGCUGAAAAUGCGGAUAUUCAACAAUCGUCGUUCAUUAAACCGUUACCUUGUAAGGUCAAUGAUCACAAUUCAUCAUCGUUAGAUAUUAAUAUGAUCAAACAAGAACGUUAUUAUAGUCAAGAUGAGAUACCACCGAUAGUUUUGGAUCCACCACCGCAAGGCAAACGUACGGAUGGGAAUAUGGUUGUUAAAGAAUUGUCCAUCAAAGAAAAUUCUUUAAAUUCUAAUAAUAAUGACAAAGGACAAACUCAGAAGAAAUUAAACGCCAUGUUACGUUCCCCUGGUCCACCACCAACUCGUACAACCAGUGCACGUCUACCACCGAGAAAUGAUUUAAUGACUCAGGUCAAAAGGACAACUUGGGCACGUCAUACUACGAAAUAAUUGACUUAUAUAUAUAUAUAGCAUAUAUAUUUUGUUUCUUUAAGACUUUAAAGUAACUUGAAAGAUUAUUUUA